AUGCGUCCCUACGCGGACGCGAGCCCCUUGGAGAAGGAAAUCCAUGAGCUGGAGCGGCAAGCUUUCCAGGUACAGACAGCGGUGACGAAGUUCAAGAGGAUGGUGGACAAGCUAGGCACCAACCAAGACACGAGGGACCUACGAUCCAAGCUAUCGGCCUCCAAAAAUGCUGUGCAGGUGCAGGCCAAGGAGGUGAUGGACAGGAUGGUGGGACUGAACCAGAAGAAGGAGGACCUGCCCAAGAGGCAGAAGGACAGGCUAAACAGGGCCGGGCAGAAUUUCACAGCAGUGCUGGAAGACUUUCAGCAGGCCCUGAAGAGAUGCAACGACGCGGAGGUCGUCUCCCCCCGCUCCCCGAGCGCCGCCUUGGCUGAGGAGAACGAUGCCCAGGCGGCCAUGGAGCGCGAGGCGCUGCUGCAGGAACAGCGCCGCCAGGAGGCCCUCGUGCUGGACAACAUGGUAGCGCACAACGAGAGCCUCAUCGAAGAGCGCGACCAGGACAUCAACGCGGUGAUUCGCGACAUCGGCGAGCUGCACGAGAUGUUCCAGGACGUCGCGACGCUGGUGCACGACCAGGGCACCAUGCUGGAUGACAUCGAGACCAACAUCACGCACGCCGCGGACCGCGUGGACGCGGCCAACACCGAACUGGGCAUGGCCAACAAGCACCAGAAGUCGGCGACCAGCAAGCGGAUAUGCCUGGCCGUGGCCCUGGCCAUUGUCAUCGCGCUCGUCCUCAUGGCCGUCAUGCUGAGAUAG